UAUGUAAAUAAGCGUCGAAAAUGUGUUUUUUAACAAAUAAAAAAUUCAUCGAGCAAAUUAAUUUCUAUUAAAAGUGCUUAGCAAAGUAAAUGAACCCAUGAAUGCCUGCCCUAACUUCGCCACUGCCCGUGUUCACACGAUAAUAAAAAUAUAUAUAUGUAGACAAAAUGCUAAUUUUGUAUGAAAACGCUGUUAGUUAAGGUUAAAUUAGCUAACAAUAACUGCCAAGUCAAAGAGUGCAUUCAAAAAAAAUUAAAAAAAAAAAAAAAUAAAAUAGAAAGAAAAUUUUAGCAAAAAUCGCCUUUAAAUUAACAAAGUGUGGGGCAGUAUAAAACACUAAAAGAAAGCUGUAAAUGCUAUAAAUUGAAAGAAUAGCAAAAAAAAAAAAAAUACAAAAAAAAAAUACAAAUAAAAAGUAAACAACAAAGCACAGAUUUGCAAAGAAACACCCACUGAAGGUGUGAAAGGCGUUUCUUUCUUCUAUUUUUUUUUUUUUUUGCAAAGUUCACGGCUGGCUUUUGUGCCAAAUACGUAAUAACAAUGUCUUCCUAUCGCAGUAGUUAUACGCCAUGGAAAACCAGUUUGGGUUCGUCAUAUAAACCGAGCGGCUCGAGUGCGUACACCUCACGCGAUGACAUUGGCAGCUCACGUUACACCUCACUCGCAUCACCUAGCACAUACCGACCCUCCUUCUCCGGUGGCACUUAUCGCGUAAAACGCGAUCCGCCCUCGAGCCUGCAGACACCCAGUUACACCAGUCGCUACACGCCAAGCGUAUCCAGUCGCACUACACCGGUGCUGGAUACUAGCAACGAUGUAAGCAGCACAAAAUCUAGUCAGCUUAAGCGUUACACAUCUACAGCCACCGCCAAAUAUGGUUCAUCGCGUGAACCGAGCCCUGUUGCCCUGGAAAUUACAAAUCGUAUGCGUAGUCGCGAGCCGAGUCCCGUUUCUCGUACGCUGCGAGGCAAAUCACGUGAUCCCAGCCCAGUGGUGGACACCAGCUGUAAAAUAGGUUAUGGUGGACUCAACUCGUAUCGCAUGUCAACGCCGAAACCAACAAGCACGAGCAGUUAUAAUGGGCGCUACGGUGGUGGGGGAAGUGUUGGGCGAGCCACCUCAGUGGCGCCUACAAUGCCGCCCGACAAAUCGAUUUCUUACCUCACUGCCAGCGAUUUCCAUGCGCGUUCUGUUAGUCGUGCACGAGAGACGGCGGCACGGAAGUCAAACGAGAAGGAAUUGGAAGAAGAGCAGACCGUGGCGCCGAAAGAGGUGGUGGCAGUGAGUGAAAGUGACAGCAGUUGGGCUGAUGAAGAGGAGGCGGAAGAAGAGAAAGAAAGCUUCGUCGCAGUAUCGGUGGUCAACAGAGCCACCUCGCCAACGCCACCCGGUAGUGCGACUACAGUACAAAGGACAAGACGCAUAGAUAUUGCAAAAACAAUUGAAAAGACUAUACAACGUUCGACGCGUAAGUGCAAAACAUUAGAUAAAGAAAUACAAUCAGAUCGGCUGGAUGAUUCGACGCGAUACUCGCGUUACGGUUUGAGCAGUCGCAUGCCCUCCUACAGUCCGCACACGGAAAGUCGUUAUACAUCUUCGAAUUUGCGUUAUAGCGCUAGUCCGCUGUCUACUACCUCGAAGUCAACUGCCUCGAAUGCUUCUAGCUCAGCAAGCGCAGAGCCAAAGAAAGAGGUUGCAACCGCCAGUGUAGGUAAGGGAACACGCUCACCCUCCACAAACGGUAAGUCGAAGCUCUCGCCACCCAAAGUCGUACGUAUCAGCUCAAGACAAUCUUCUGUGGAGAACCUCGCAAGUAGCACCAGCGCCAACAAACCACCCGCCGCGCCAAAAGCUGAGUCACCUACAAAGAGUAGCUCGAGUAGCGGACAUGUACCGACCAAACUACCAAAUAAAGAUUUUCGCAAAUCUGCUUUGAAUGUGGGACCAACUGACCGUCCACGCAAGUCACGUACACCUAGUAGCGGUACAGACUCGGACGCUGUACAACAGACACAUACCGAUCUGGCGAAUGGCAUCGCACAGCGUAAAGAACGUUCACCGAGUGCCGGCUCGGAGGUGAGCAAUGUGUCAGCCACGUCGAGUAAACGCAGCAGUACGACAGGUGAGCAUAAGCCGACACGAACACGUUGUCAUGCCAAAAAGUCUUCCUCGUCAUCGUUGAGUCGUCAUAACAGCAAUAAUAAUUUGACAAAAAAUGCUAGUGGUGCCCAUAAAUCUUGCACACCUUCGACGUCCACCACUACCACUUCGAGCUCCUCCUCGACCAGCGUAACUACCGCGUCGUCAUCGAGCGGCGCGGAGAGCUCAAGCGAACCGCGAAAAACAAACAAGAAACACGGCAAAAAGAAGACUGCACAGCACACCCACAACAAAGAACACCGCACGACGGACAAUAACAGUUCGAGUGUGACCAAGUGUGCGGCGACGUUGGCGACAACUGACACAGGUGAUGCUAAUGAUUCGACGACGACGAAGCGAACGGUCGAUGAAAAUAGCAAGAGGACCAUGGCCGCUCGCCAGCCAUCAGCGCGCACAGAGGGAGAGGCUACUGAAUCAUCGCGUACAAAUUCAAAAUCGCCACUUGCUGGCACCUCGUCCACCUCGUCUGCCAACCGACUACAAAAGUUGUCGUCUGUUUCGAAUUUUUUCGCCGCUCGUCAGUGCGAUGCAAAUAGCGAACCGAUUUUCAUUGAAAGCUCUGAGAAUUCAGGGGGCGAUUCCGAGACGGGUCAGCUAAUUAUUAGCAGUCUUACGGCAGCAAGCAAAUCGAGCACGUCGCGAACGAAUAAUAACGCGACCACAACGACAACGACUACGACUGAUCCUGCGAGCACAGAAGCGGCAACAGUAGCAGCAGAUUUAACUGAAGCAGCAGUAUCAACGACUACGACAUCGAAACGAAACGGUGACAAUUCGAGCCUCGACAGUACAGAGGAUAAUACAACUGCGAGGAGGAGUCCACGUAGUCUAGCGAAAUAUAGCAACGAAAGUGUUGAACGUAGUAGAAGUACGACCACAAAGUCCAGUAGUACACACUUCCCACACGAAACAACCGUUACAGACACGGCGGCGCUCACGAGUGAACAAAUUACCGAUUCCUACACAACUACGGCAAACACAUCGACGGACGAGCAAGAAGAGUCCAGCUGGUGGCAAGACACAAGCCGACAAAUCGACACGGCUUCCGCUUUGGGUUAUCACCAAAAAGACGACAUGCGUUUUAAGUUGCGACACAUCGACUCGGGCGAGACGGCCUGGUGGUUGCGCAACGACGAGGAUGACACUUUGGCGGAUGAUGAUUUGCGAACGCUAAAUCAGGAGGAGGGGGAGGAGGAUGCACAAAGUGAGGCCACCACAGCACCCACACAUUCGCUAACAAACAAUACAACGAACUCAAAAAGCUGCAGCGAUCAACGUAACGCAGCCACGCAAUCACAGGCAAAGUACAGCUGGUGGACGAGUGACAAUAUUGACGAGCAAGAGAAGGCGGAGGGCGCACAUAAUGAAAAUGAUCAAAACGAAACGAAUUACAGUAACGGGGGCGCGAGUGCACCUUGUUAUAAAGUGAAUGGUGAGAGCAAACAAAUCACGAGGAGCCACUGCACACCGGAGAAACCCUGGUGGGGUGAAUCCAAUGAGAAUAGUAAGGGCGACAGCGGUAGCGGUGGACGUGUGGAGCGAUCCAGCAGUGCGUCCAAACAAAAUGGUACAAUACAGUUGAAGAUAUGCCGUGUAGAGUCCGGCGAGAAACCGUGGUGGCUGAAUGAAGCUGAGAAAGAGCAAAACAACUUGCCGGCAGAAGAGCCUGUCGUUGAGGCGACUAUUAAACUGCCAGCGCGGAAGUCACAGACAGUGGAGCGUUCCACAAGCAGCCACAGCAACAGCAACAGCAACAGUAACAGCGGUAAUAAUGUGACAAGCGACGACAAACGCUGGUGGAUGUCCGGUCCAAUGAAGAAGCAGUUCACAGUGCGGCGUGUAGAAUCUGGCGAAAAGGCAUGGUGGCAACAAAAUGAUGACGAAUUGGCGAGCAACAGCCAAACGCAGGGACGGGAGCCGGCCGCGAUCCUUACGCGGGAUGGCUCCAAUGAAAAAUUAUGGUGGCAGACGAACAGCGAGGAAUUGAGCAAUGGGAACACAAAAUCACCGCGUGCACGCUGUGACUCUAACGAAAAGGCCUGGUGGCUGCAAGACGACGAGGAAAAGAAAGAGACGCCGACACUAGCCAAUAAAGUACAAAAUAGUGUCAACAAUUACUCAUCACAGCCACAAAUGCCUUACGAAACUGAGUUGGCGGGUGAAGAUAGAGUCGAUCGUGCCGAUAGAGAAGUACAAAAUAUCAAUAGAAGUGGGGCAUCCCAACAACAGCAGCAACAGCAGCAACAGCAAACUUUUGGCAGCGAACUAAGUAAUUCAUUUAAUUUCGAAUAUUCAGAGCGGCCACCACCGCUAGGCCAGUGUGCCAGCCCCGUCGACCUUGAGCAACCAGAAAUACCACAGCCACAGCCGCAGCCACAGCCGCAGUCACAGAAACAAACACCGAUAAUAACAACAACCGCACCAACACCAACGCGCCAUCUGAGCCAAUGCAAAUCCCCUUACGAUAACAUUCCAAUGUCGAAAGUUCAAGUGAAUCAUCACCAACACUACUAUCAGCCACCAUAUGCUCAGCAGCAGCAGCACUCGGCGAAUACACCACAACCACCUUACUAUCAACAACAACAACAGCAAGCACAGCAAACAGCUGAUUACUAUAAACCACACUAUAGCAACAACAAUAAUCUUCACGCUUACCAAACACUUGGUGGUGAAAAGCUUUUUAUAUCACGUCAUCAGAAUAUCGAUGAGCUUUUAGGUGGUUCAUGUCGUCCACUAAGCCCGCUCUUUUUGGAUGGCAGUCAAAGCUUUGCUGUUACAGUGCCGGCGAAUCGUAACCUCUUCAUAGAGGAGAUCACACCCGAUCAAGUGCGUAUACACGACAGCACAGCGCAGAUGCCGGUAAUUCAACGCAUGGAGAGGGAUGAAUGGGAUAAUUACGGAAAAGCCGGUGCGAUGCAAACGCCGGCAGAAACUUAUGAGCAGAAAAUGAUUGACGAUGCCGCCAUACAAGUGUACAAAGAUGGUGAUUAUGGCGCUUAUUUGGAUUUGGAGUCCUCACUUGCUGAGCAGGCUGAGGAAAUUGAAGGUCUUAAUUCUAGUCGCAAAAACUCAUUGGUAGUACGAACACAGCUGAGCGUGCGGGUGCAUGCCAUUAUUGAGAAACUCCUCUCCUCCGAGGGCAGCGAAUUGCGGCGUGCACUAUUUUCAUUGAAGCAGGUCUUUCAAGAGGAUAAAGACUUGGUGCACGCGUUCGUGGCAUUGGGUGGACUCAAUUGUCUGGUGCGUGUUGGUAAUGGUGCCGAUCAGAAUUAUCAAAAUUACAUUUUGCGUGCCUUGGGACAGGUGAUGCUCUAUGUGGAUGGCAUGAAUGGCGUAAUGAAACAUGAGCCGACAAUGCAAUGGCUCUACUCUCUGAUCGCAUCGAAUUAUCGUUCUGUGGUGAAAACAGCACUGAAAUUGUUGUUGGUAUUUGUAGAAUACGCCGAAACGAAUUGUUAUGUCCUGGUAAAUGCCAUACAUGCGGUUGAUAAAUCACAAGGCACAUUGCCGUGGUCGAAUCUAAUGAGACUUCUAAAAGACUAUGACAACGCCGAUGCCGAACUAGUCAUCUAUGCCACAUCGCUGAUCAACAAAACCUUAGCCGGUCUUAAUGAUCAGGAUAGUUUUUAUGAUGAGAGUGAUUUGCUGGAACAGCAAGGCAUGGAAUCGGUUAUACAGCGUUAUAUGUCCAAACCGGGCACAGAUCUGGAUUUACUAGAUCAAUUGCAGCUUUACGAAGCAGUAUUGAAAUUCGAGGAUGGCGAAGCGGAAGGCAUACGCUUGCCGGAGAAUUCGCUGCGCAAAACGCAACGUCAUCGCCAAAGCACCGACACAGCGGAACGACGUAAAUCGCGUCGCCACAGCACCGGCACCAGUCCGCAUGUGAGCAAAGUGAUACAAUCACCAAAGAGAAUGACACCGACGCAUGGCGUGUUGGAUGAGGAUAGCUCGGGUUCAACGAAUUCGGCAGAAUAUGCGGCGAAUGGUGUAUUCAAUGGUGAGAAAUCACGCGAUGGCGUUGGCGUCACACCAGGCUUGCGCAGACGUCGUGAACGCGCUGAGAGGCAUAAAAGCUUUCUCAAGGAGCAGCAGGAAGCUGUAGCGAAUGGCAUAUAUGCGGCCUUGGAGCGACGUGAGGAAAUUGGCCAAAUUGUCACCGCCAUACCAGCAACGGUGAAGAUGGGCGAUAGCCCACCGGAAUCAUUAAAUUUAACCAAUGAAGCCAACAGCAUUAGCAUAAGUCCGAAUAAAAUUCAUAACAACAACAACAGCAUUCAUAACAUCACAAAUCAGGCUAGCAGCAAUAUCACAGCCAAUGCUACUAACAACAUAAAUCUCAUCAACGCAAAUACGAACUCUAGUGGCAAUGUUAGUAACAAUAGCAGCAGUAACAACAACAAUCUGUGCAGCAUUAACAACAACAAUGCCAAUAACGGCGGCAAUUUGUUGAGCCCCACCAGACAUUUGCUAAGCAGCAACACUAUUUCGAUUAUCAACAACAAUAUUACAACAAAUCCAUUACAUAACAACAACAACAACAACAACAACAAUAACAACAAUAAAUUACAAACAGCGCCUGAAUUUUUGACGAAAAAGAAUUUACUAAUGGAGCGUAAUGCCACGGUGAUUAACGGUAUUAUGAAGAAUAUACAACGCGGUGGCGAUCAAUUGGACAACAACCACAACAACAACAAUAAUAGCAACAGCAUUUCACAUAAGAAAUUUGAAAAUGACGCAAAUCGCUUGAAUAAUUACUACAAUCAGUUGAGCUCACCAAAGAACCAAAACCAGCAGCAGCAACAGCAACAGCAACAGCUGCAACAACAACAGCUGCAAACAAUUACAGCACCAUUACAACACCAAAACUCCAUACAAAGUCCAACCAUACAAUCCGCCCACAAUGUCUUGGCCGCAGUCUUGAGUCCUAAAAAGUCCCUCAACGGCUUUGAUUUCACACAGGCCACACCAAGGGCACCACCAAAUACUUACGAAUACAACUUGCGUCAUACAGCCACGCCCCUAACAAGUCCAACACAUGCUUUGUCUGAAGCGUCACCGACGCUGGAGUAUCAAUAUGUUGAGCCCAGUACGCCCAGUCACGCAGCUUCAAAUACACCAUCUACCCCUAGUGGCAGGACAAUAUCAACCCUUUCCACACCAACAACACCACAAACACCCCUCUCCAGUGGUUAUACGCCGGAAACACCGUUAUCACCAAUCAACUCCAUGAGGUUCAAUGAAAGAGCUGCGCCACCACCACCUCCGCCACCGCCGCCACCACCAGAUUUAUUGGGUCCCUAUUUUAUGAUGGCACCCCCACCACCACCACCGCCGCCACCUCCGCCAGCAUUACAACAAUAUUUCCAGCCAUCAAUGCCGCAUGUCGCGUCUGAAAUGGAUUCUCUAAAUUCGGGUGAUGUAUUAGCAAUAACAGAGUCUGACAAUGAGGAUAAGAAAUUGCUGCAGCAGCUUAAACGUGAUCACACCGUGACAAAUCUCACACAAAAGCUGAGCAAUAUGCCGAUGAGUCCGACGCAUGAGGAGAAAUUGCAGAAUCGCAUUGUGGGCGAUAUGUCCGGUCUCAUUUCCAAAGCCAAAGAGGGUCUUGCCAAGAGCAAAAGCAAAGGCGAGAUGUCCCGCUCAUCCAGUUUGGAUCAGGAUAUCAAAAAAGUGGAACCGAAAAAAUCUGAAAACGAACUACACUGGGAGGAGCUCGUACGCAAUAUGAUACGUCCGUUGAAUUUAUGUGAUUUAGACUUUACCGAUUUGAAUUCGGAUGAUGAAAAAGAUGUAUUGGCACCACGUGGCCUCGGUGUUGGAGUACCGCCACCACCACCACCAUUUGGGGGUGGCAUACCGCCACCAAUGAUGCCACCAGCACAUAUUGUAUGUCCACCGCCGUUGAAUAGUCUUGGCCAAAUGGUGCCACCACCAAUGUUCAGCUACAGUGGUUAUGGUAGCAUGACAAAUAGUGCGAAUAGCUCUAUGAAUGGUUCGAUGAAUGGUGAUGUUAGUAAUACGAAUACAAUACGAAAGAAUAAGAAAACGGUCAAGCUAUUUUGGAAGGAAGUACGUGAAGACCUGAUUCCCGUGGUGGUUGGUAAAACCAUUUGGGAUGAGUUGCCACAGUCCAAUGUGGAUACACAAAAAUUGGAGCAUCUCUUCGAGUCCAGAGCCAAAGAUCUAAUGACUAAGAAACAACAAGAACUGAAUAAAAGCAAAGAGAUUAUCGUAUUGGAUCAUAAACGUUCGAAUGCAAUCAAUAUUGCGAUGACAAAGUUGCCACCGCCGCGCGCUAUCAAAGCGGCGAUAUUGAAAAUGGACGCGACGGUGGUGACGCGCGAGGGCAUCGAUAAGCUCUUGAAUAUGUUGCCAACGGACGAGGAGCGCGGUAAAAUACAAGAAGCGCAGAUGGCCAAUCCCGAACUGCCUUUGGGUAGCGCCGAACAAUUCCUACUCACUUUGGCCUCCAUUUCUGAGUUGGGCGCGCGUUUAAAAUUGUGGGCUUUCCGCUUGGACUUCGAUAAUAGCGAAAAAGAGAUUGCAGAGCCGUUGAUGGAUCUGAAACAGGGCAUCGAAAUCCUUCGUAAUAAUCGCACCUUCAAAUGCAUUCUGUCGACUCUGUUGUCUGUUGGAAUAUUUUUGAAUGGAGCACCAGUUAAGGGUUUCCAGAUUGAGUAUUUAUCCAAGGUACCUGAGGUCAAAGACACUGUACACAAGCAUUCACUGCUCCACCAUCUCUGCCACAUGGUCAUGGAGUCCUCGCCGGACACCACAGAUUUAUACUCAGAAAUCGGUCCAAUUACACGCGCUUCCAAAGCUGACUUCUCCGAUUUGGCACACAAUCUCAAUCAAUUGGAGAACGAGUGCAAAGCCUCGUGGGAUCGACUCAAGUUAAUUGCCAAACACGACUGCCCACCACAGCUGAAACAGAAACUAGUGGAUUUCUUAGCAGACUGUGCCGAACGCAUAAUCAUAUUGCAAAUUGUGCAUAGACGUGUGAUGAAUAGAUACCGCAAAUUCCUGCUGUGGCUGGGCGCGCCCCAACACACCGUUGCCGAGUCGAAGCCAAAUGAAUUCUCUCGCAUACUCUCCGAGUUCGCGCUGGAAUACCGCACGACACGCGAACGCGUGCAACAGCAGCUAGAGAAGAAGGCAAACCAUCGUGAGCGUAAUAAGACACGCGGCAAACUCAUAAUCGAUAUGGCAAAGUUCAAAACCAAAGAGGAUCGUGCUGAUGCGGAAUUGAAGGUACUACUUGGUACGCCCAGCGCCGAUACACCUGACUCGAACGGCACACUGACUUGGCGUCGCAGACGCGCCGAACAGUUGCGCUCGCCCAUUGCGCGCCAGAGUGAGGAGAAUUUCACCGAUGGCGAUGAUGAGAUACUGGAGUCGUUGGUCAAGACUGCGACCAAAGCGCCGGGCACACGCACGACGCCACGGGAGCGGAAGCGCACACGCCAUGCCGAUCGCAAAUCAUUGCGUCGAACGCUUAAAAAUGGUCUAACCGAGGAGGAGAAACAACAUGUUGCGGCUUUAAUAAAAACCUACUAAUUAGCGCACUAGAGUAGUCAAGUAGCCGAGUAGCCGAGUAGCCAAAGUCAAAACAUCACCGGCUGGCUUUAGCAGUUCUUAAACUUAUAUACAUACGAAUAUGUACGACUGUAUGAGGCAAAAGUUUAGCAAAAACCAUGAAACAGACUGAGAAAAGUGUUUAAAGAGAUGACGAUGAGGAUAGAAGAAAAAGAAUAUGAAAAUUUAUGGCGAUUUUUUAUUGAUUUUAUUUAUUUUGGACGAUCUCAAGCAAUGAUGCCAGUGAGUAAAGAAGCAACGAAACAAUGCGUUAACGAACAUUGAAACCGAAGAGGUUAAGCGCAUGUUGAUUGUGUAGAGAAACGCGUGAGAGCACCGUUAGCUGUAAGAGAAAUAGUGAGGUUUUCAUGAGCAUCGACUGAAUCUAACCUUACGAAGGCAUUAAUAUUGGAAUUGGUUAAAAAAUGUGGGAAAUGACAUUAAAAUCAAUUAACUGUAGUGCCUUUUAUAUAUACAGACAUGUCAAGCUAGCUGUGUUUGUAUUGAGAAAAACUUCCCAGCAGUAGAAAUUACAGAAAAAAUGUCAAACGAAUCCAGUUAAAAUGGAAACUGAAAGUUAACGAAACGAUGGAUUUUUUUUAAUUUUAAUUUUAAUUAAAAUAAUUAAUAAAUAAAAACUAUUACUUUUUUAUUUUUAUUGUUUACUAUUUUUUUUUUAAAUUAUGAAAUAACGAGUUAUCCAAAAAUUGGUUUCAAAAUAAUUUUCAAUAAAAAAAUUGCUUUGUAAAAAUUUAUUUCAAAUUAAAAAAUUUUUUUAGUAUUCGAGAAUUCUUGUUAACGCGCUUCAUUUCUUCAUAAAAAAAAUAUAAAAUUAUUAUAUUAUAUAAACUUUAUUUCACGUGUGUAUUGGGCAUGUUUAACAAAAAAAAAAAAUGUGAAUUAAAAAUUUUGUGAAAUUGAAAAAAAUGAGAAAUAUUGUAAUAAAGUGUAAUUUAAGUA